AUGGCACCUUACGUUCAGGAAGUUGAGUCGAUCGGCAUUCAUCCCAUCUCCAAGACCAAAUUGCCGUCUGAGAAUGCGAUCUUCGACCACGACCAUGUCCCAAAGCCCGUUGCAGACGACUUUAUGUACGACUUCAAGUUCAACCACCCUCUACCUACGACCGACAUCUUAGGUGUUGAAAUUCCAGCCGACUGCGAUGCUCAGAAAGAGGCUGAGGGAAUCGUUGCUCGUCUUUCUAAAGCCACCUCAGAGGGGGAUGCUGAAGCUUUCGCUGAGCUCUUCCUGGAUUAUGGUGUUUGGCGUGACAAGCUCGCUUUUACGUGGGAUUUUCGCACUUUCAACUUCCGAGAGGCGAUCUUGAAAGCUGCCACCGAUCUUUUGCCUCAAACCAAGGCUCGGAAUUUCAACUUUCUGAAGCCCGCCCCUUCCGUGUCUCGCCCUUAUCCUGAUUUCUCCCAACUACAAUUCGUGGUCUCCUUCGAGACUGAGAUUGUCCUGGCUUCGGCCGUGAUCAAUGCAGUCCUCACUCAGGAUGGCUGGAAGAUUUACACAAUGCAUACGGUUGCCGAGAACCUCAAGCAGUUCCCAGAGCAGGCUGCACCAGAUGGCCAUAUGACUGGCAUUACUAGCUGGGAGAGUCAGAGAUCUGAGACUAUCAACGCUGUUGAUCCUGAGGUCCUGAUUAUUGGUGGAGGUCAAAAUGGCCUAGCUAUGGCAGCACGCUUGAAAGUCCUUGGUAUGGACAACCUGAUAAUCGAGCGCAGUGACGAGAUUGGAGAUAUCUGGAAGAAGCGUUAUGAAUACCUUUCACUCCACUUUCCACACUGGCCCGAUGCGUUGCCAUACUUCAAAUAUCCUCAACAUUGGCCUACUUACACCCCAGCCCAAAAGCAGGGUCUAUACAUGAAGUGGUACGCCUCCGCUCUGGAGCUCAAUGUCUGGACCAAAUCAGAGGUUGUAAAGGCCGAACAGGAUGCUGAGGGCAAAUGGACAGUCAUCAUUAACAAGGAGGGAAAAGAGACUCGCACGCUUCAUCCUAAGCAAGUCAUCAUGGCUACAUCACUUUGUGGAGUCCCUUCUACACCGACCGUGCCUGGAAUGGCUGACUUCCGCGGCGUGAUCCGUCACUCAAGCGCUCACAAGAGUGCCCGCGACUUUGUCGGAAAAAAAGUCUGUGUUGUCGGCACCUCAUCCUCAGGCUUUGACACUGCUUACGAAUGCGCUCGCCUGGGAAUUGAUGUGACUCUACUCCAGCGAUCGCCAACUUAUGUGAUGUCUUUGACUCAUUCCGUUCCACGCAUGCUUGGAGGCUAUGCGCCUGAUAAGAACGGUAACCUCCCCGAUCUCGAGGCUCAGGAUCGUCUCAAUUUCUCAACUCCUGUUGGACCCGGUGAGGAACUUGCCAAACGCACUGCCAAAGAUCUAGAAGAUCUUGAUAGACCCUUGCUUGAGGCUCUGAAUGCCCGAGGCCUGCGAACAUGGCGCGGUCAGCGUGACACGGGUAACUCUACACUGGGUCAGACUCGAAAUGGUGGGUUCUACUUCGAUGCUGGCGCUUGCGACGAAAUUAUCAAUGGAAAUGUCAAGGUGGAACCCGCUUUUGUUGAGAGGUUUACAAAAGACAAGGUGAUUCUGAACGGCGGUCGUGAGAGAGAGUUUGACUUGGUUGUUUUUGCGACCGGGUUUUCGAGUACUAUCGACUCAAUCCGAGCCACUUUGGGUGAGGAAAUCGCCAGCAAAUGCGGACCUAUUUGGGGAAUUGAUGAGGAAGGCGAGUAUAAGACGGCCUACCGGGAGACGGGUGUGCCAAAUAUGUGGAUUAUGGUUGGCUUCUUGCCGAUGACUCGGUAUGCCUCGAAGUUGUUGGCUUUGCGGCUCAAAGCUCUUAAGGAGGGUAUUUCUCCACCUCCUUACAAAUUUUAG